CAGCGGUGCGUUCUGGAACGGCUGCAACGAGGUAAGAGUCGCGUUGUAGACUUGACUUCCGGCCGAGGGCGGUGGAACAGCUCAAGGGAAAAGAAUGACUUCGACGACGCAUCGGGUGUCGGGUGAUGGAGACGUUGGGAAAACUUCUCUCGAUUCUCAUCUUCCAGAAGCUGAAGCUGGAACCAGAAAGGCAGCGAUGAGGCGGGCGAGCGAUCCAGAACGGGAGUCCAUUCAUCCUUCGUCAAGGCUGACGUUCUCGUUCUAGAAGGGCGAACCCGACGCGAGCGGCGGCGCAUUCCUUUCAUUACCGGAAAUGCCCCCCGGAGGUUCUGUUAUGAUUAAUUCGAUCCAUUCAUCGCAGCGCCUCCACUCCCACAUCUUCCUUUCGCAGCAGCUCGCGUCCUGCCCAAAUCCUCUCUGUUCGAAGCCCUGAUCUAGAGAAGGAAAGGAUAGAGUGUGGAAGGAGAGUGGAUCUCGAUGGCGAGACCGGAGAAGGAGGACGAGAAGAAUGAGAAGAUCAUUCGAGGGCUUCUGAAGCUUCCUGCAAACCGGAGAUGCAUCAAUUGCAACAGCCUGGGACCUCAAUAUGUGUGCAUAAAUUUCUGGACAUUCAUAUGCAUUAAUUGUAGCGGAAUACAUCGGGAGUUCACACAUCGUGUGAAGUCUAUAUCUAUGGCCAAGUUCACAUCACAAGAAGUUUCCGCUCUUCAAGAAGGAGGAAACGAGCGUGCUAAGGAAAUUUAUUUCAAAGAAUGGGACCCACAGCAUCAUUCACUUCCUGAUAACAGUAAUAUCGACAGACUCAGAGAAUUUAUUAAGAACGUCUAUGUGGAUGGAAGAUACACAGGGGAAAGGAGUUUUGACAGGCCACAAAUGGUGAAGGUCAAUGCUGAAGAUUCUUAUGACAAAAGAAAGGUGGAUUCCUUUCGAGAUAUCGUAAGCCCAUCGUUUGAUGGCCGACAUUAUGGUGAACAACCUGGUUCUGCAAGUCUUGCAAAUGACCACAAGAGGAGUCUUGGCCGUUUUGACAUCAUAGAUGAAAAGGGGAGAGAUAAUAAACCUGGUUACAGAUGCCAAGACCAAAAAGUUGUGGAUCAGCAGUUUCCUGACAGUCCAAAGAUUGAGGAGAGAUUACCAAGCCAUCAACCUCUGUCUAAUUCCCCUAAGAUAAAGCCUGUUGAAGUAAUCAACAUUAUUCCACCUGCUCCAAUUGGUCAGCCUAACAAGUCAACUGGGUUUCAAUUCCCUCAUAGUUCUGCCCAAGUACAGAGGACUGCAUCUUUGCCUAGUAGAGGAUCCAAUGUUGGAAUUUCAGCUGAACCAAAGCUUGUAAACUCUGGAAAUUUGAUAGAUUUCGAUGCAGAUCCUAUUGUUCCUGUUGCCAGAGCUUUGGAUCAGUAUGUACCUCAACAAACUACCUCUUUCCCUGCUGAAAGUGGAGGUUGGGCAUCUUUUGAUGAUUCUUCGGCUUUAAAAGUGACCCAGGUAGCUUCAGCUGUAAGCACACCAGAUUCUCUGCUGUCCCAGUUGUCAGUUUCUCAGACUGCUUCUACUGCCAAUGCUCCAAGCAUAUCUAUUGCUAGAGCUGGUUCUUCUCCAAACCAAAGUAAUGCAGGUCAUUGGCCAAUGAUGCACCAGCAUCAGCCUUUUGUAUUCCAUGUUCCUAGUGUUCAGACAAGUAAGCAGCCAUUUAGUGCACCUAUUUUUAGGGCUCCAAACAACCAGCUUAAGUCAAAUUUGCAUGGAGUUAGUGUUCUAACCAGUCAAUCUUCUCAAGUAGUGAACAAAUCACUUCAUGAAACCACUGCUGGAGUUUCAACACAGCCUUCCGCCACAGAGGCCAAGCCUACCGGAAGAAAAGAACUUCCUGCGGAUCUGUUUACCACGGUAUAUCCAUCAGCAUCAGCUCCAUUUCUUGGUUACCAAACACCUCAACGUCUUAUGGGUUAUGGCACACAUUAUCCAACUGCAGUUUUCCCAAAUUUGGCAUCUCUACGCGGAGCAUUACCUUACAUGGAUGGUCACUCAACCAUUUGGCACAGCACAUCCAACUUACCCAUGCAACAGUGGUUGCCCCCGCAACAAAUUUCUAUGCUAGCUCUGCAUCAAUUUCUAUCUUCAGGGCCAUACAUGGUUGAGCAAGGUGGAGGUCCUGUGCCCCGACCACCACCUGGACUUCCCGUGAUGCAUCGAGGAACUGGUGGUUUUAGCACACAAGGAGCUGGGUACCGAUCGGGAACCCCAAAUGCUUUCACUCCUGAUAGCAGAAAUCCGUUCGGAUGAACAUGCAUUGAUAAAACAGUUUCCUAGUUUCUGCCUUGGGUCUCUUUGUUCAUUUCCUGCUAGGCAUAAAGAUUAAAAAGUCAAUUGUACCUAUAUAUGCAUCAAUAAUGAAAUGAACGGGAACUUAUGUUGUGGCCAUUUUCUA